AUGGACAAAUCCCUCCCCCUCGUCACCGACUACUACCCCCCCUCCCAACCCCCAGCAGCACGCCAUACAGCUCUCCGCGUCCUCCUCUUCACUUUCCUCACAGCCAUCCUCUGUUUCACCUGGUUCUCCCGCCCGAUCCCCGACCACGGGCCCGAAGAGAGCACCACACCCACGCAGAAGCCCUCCAAAUGCAAACAAGUCCCCGCCCUCUUCCCCUCGGACGCCGACCCCAACGAGAACCUCAAACCCGCCUUCGAUUACCUCUUCACGGAGAGAUUCCAGAAUGCCUCGAUCCAGAGAUUAUCCUCCGCCGUGCAGAUCCCCACGGAAUCGUUCGAUGACCUGGGCGCGAUAGGGGAGGAUAAGCGAUGGGAAGUCUUCUAUCCGUUUCACGCAUUCCUGGAGAGGACGUUUCCGAGGAUUCAUGCGGAACUGUUGGUGGAGAAGGUGAAUACGCACGGAUUGGUGUUUACGUGGAAUGGGACGGAUGAGGGGAAGAAGCCGAUGGUGUUGAUGGCACAUCAGGACGUCGUGCCGGUGGAUCCGGAUACGCUGGAUAGUUGGACGUUUCCGCCGUUCAGUGGGCAUUUUGACGGGGUGAAUAUUUGGGGGAGAGGGGCGAGUGAUUGUAAGAAUCAGUUGAUUGGGACCAUGGAGAGCGUGGAGAUUUUGUUGGAGGCCGGGUGGAGACCGAAGAGGACGGUGGUUUUGAGUUAUGGGUUUGAUGAGGAGUGUAGCGGACGGCAAGGGGCGGGACAUUUGGCCAAGUUUUUGUUGGAGAGGUAUGGGAAGAAUGGGGUUGCGGCGAUUAUUGACGAAGGCAUGGGGUAUGCUGAGGCUUUUGGGAGGGGUUUUGCGGUUCCGGGAGUUGCUGAGAAGGGUGCGAUAUGUCUCACCUUGGGCCCUUUUCUUGGACACGUUUGAUGCUGACUUGCUGCAGGAUACACCGACAUCGAAGUCGUUGUGAGGACCCCUGGAGGCCAUUCUUCUGUUCCGCAUGACCAUACCAGUAUUGGCAUUCUUGCUGAGAUGAUCACUGCGAUUGAGGCAGUGCAAUAUCCAACCUACCUCGACAGCAAGAACCCAUACCUCGAAUUCCUCCAGUGCGGAGCGGAAUACGCACCAAACUUCCCGAAGAAACUGAAGAAACUCCUCGGACAGCGCUCUGCGGAAUCGAAUGUCUGCAAGCAUAACGAUCGUCUUGCACUGGAAGCAGCGAAGAUUGGAAAACAAGCCCAGUAUCUCAUGCAAACCUCGCAAGCCGUCGAUAUCAUCAAGGGCGGUACGAAAACCAAUGCCCUCCCGGAGGGUGCCGUGGCUGUUGUCAACCAUCGCAUCAAUAUCGGCGACAGCCCCGAGACGGUCUUCAAGCACAUCACGGACCUUGCCAAGCCGAUUGCGAAGAAGUACAACCUGACCCUGAACGCCUUCAACGGCCAGAAAGCGGACUAUAACGCCAUUUCCCUCUCCAACACCGACACGACCUUGGAAGUGGCACCCGUCACACCUACGGUCGUUGAUGCCGUGAGUCCCUACUCGGUCAUCUCGGGCACCAUUCGCGCUCUGUACGGAGAGGAUACGAUUGUCGCCCCGGCGUUGAUGACGGGCAAUACCGACACGCGGUACUACUGGGCUCUGACGAAGAACAUCUUCCGUUUCGGACCGGGGUAUGUCAACGAUGACGAGCAUGGGUUGGGGAAUAUCCACACCGUCAACGAGAGGGUGAGCGCCAGUAACCAUUUCAAGGUUGUGAGAUGGUGAGUCUCUCUGGUUCUUUUACUAACUACCAUCUGGGAACGUGAGUGCAGCUGGCUAACGUUGAUAUCGGCAGGUUCACGCUCUUUCUGAGGAAUAUGGAUGAGGCGGAGCUGGAGGUUGACUAG